AAUAUCGUGUUGUCGAAUGUCGUGGACAACAAGUUUCGAUGGAUUAUAGAAAUAAAACAUAUUUUAAAUAAUAAGUAAAAGCAGCGCAUUGCCUGAGAUAUUUUAAUGAGAACUGAGAAACCAUUAUUCGAAAUGUUAGUGCUAACUACGUGACAACACAAUACUUGAGGAAUUAGUGUAUAUUAUUUAAAAGUGAACUUCAUAAGUUUCCACGAUGGUUUUAGCAGAUUUAGGCCGAAAAAUAACGACUGCUUUGCAGUCUUUAAGUCGGGCUACUGUUAUUAAUGAAGAGGUUUUAAAUUCUAUGCUUAAGCAGAUUUGUGCUGCGCUCUUAGAAGCAGAUGUAAAUAUUCGUCUAGUGAAAAAUUUACGUGAAAAUGUUCGUGCUGUUAUUGAUUUUGAUGAUAUGGCUGGAGGGCUCAACAAGCGUAGGAUGAUUCAGUCAGCUGUUUUUAAGGAACUUGUAAAGUUAGUUGAUCCUGGAGUAAAACCAUACCAACCAGUCAAAGGAAAAUCCAAUGUUAUUAUGUUUGUUGGUUUGCAAGGAUCUGGUAAAACAACAACUUGUACAAAAUUGGCUUAUCACUACUUAAGGAAAAAUUGGAAGUCAUGUCUUGUGUGUGCAGACACAUUCAGAGCAGGUGCUUAUGAUCAAGUCAAACAAAAUUGUACUAAAGCCAGGAUACCAUUUUAUGGAAGUUAUACAGAAGUGGAUCCAGUGGUUAUAGCUUCGACUGGUGUGGAGAUGUUCAAAAAAGAAGGAUUUGAGAUGAUUAUCGUUGAUACUAGUGGACGUCACAAACAAGAAGAGUCACUGUUUGAAGAGAUGUUGGCAGUAGCAAAUGCUGUGAAUCCGGACAACAUAAUAUUCGUGAUGGACGCCACUAUAGGACAGGCCUGUGAGGCCCAAGCCAGAGCUUUCAAAGACAAAGUGGACAUUGGUUCAGUUAUUAUUACCAAGUUAGACGGACAUGCCAAAGGUGGUGGAGCUCUAUCAGCAGUUGCAGCAACACAGAGUCCUAUUAUCUUUAUAGGCACUGGAGAGCACAUUGAUGAUCUUGAGCCAUUUAAAACUAAACCGUUUAUAAAUAAGCUUCUGGGAAUGGGUGAUAUUGAAGGGCUCUUGGAUAAAGUUAAUGAGCUAAAACUAGAUGAUAACGAUGAGUUGUUGGAGAAAUUAAAGCACGGACAAUUUACAUUGAGGGCAAUGUACGAACAGUUUCAAAACAUAAUGAAAAUGGGACCAUUCUCACAAAUAAUGGGAAUGAUACCCGGGUUCUCUCAAGACAUAAUGUCAAAAGGUAGUGAACAAGAAUCAAUGGCAAAACUAAAACGUCUGAUGACAAUAAUGGACUCUAUGAAUGAAGGAGAACUUGACCAUCGGGAUGGAGCUAAAUUAUUUUCAAAACAACCUACGCGCAUCACAAGAGUGGCGCAGGGAUCAGGUGUUACUGAAAGGGAUGUAAAAGACUUGAUUGCCCAAUACACUAAAUUUGCAGCGGUUGUGAAAAAAAUGGGGGGCAUCAAAGGCCUUUUCAAAGGUGGGGACAUGGCGAAAAAUGUUAAUCAGACGCAAAUGGCCAAACUUAAUCAGCAAAUGGCGAAAAUGAUGGAUCCACGUAUUCUUCAACAAAUGGGAGGCAUGUCUGGGCUACAUAAUAUGAUGAGGCAAUUGCAACAGGGCUCCAGUGGAAUGAACAGCUUGAUGGGUGGGAAGUGAUUGAAUACUGUCAUAUUAUCUGAACACCUUACUGUAUUCAUUUUAAAUUAAAUUAAUAAAUUGCCUUUUAUUGGACUCAAUUUA